UAAACAAACACAAUCCUCGAAUAUCAUAUUCACUGGUGGAAAAAAAUAACAGAAAAUAAAUUAUUUUUCUUCGGGAAAAAUUUUAAAAACGUAUAAUUAGGAUUUGAUUUUCUCGAGGAAGUGAAAAAAAGGAUAAGCAGAGAGAAUGGGAAGAGCGUUCGUGUAUGUGAUUCUGGGAGGAGGUGUAGCUGCUGGCUACGCAGCUCUGGAAUUCACGAGGAGAGGUGUCUCCGAAGGCGAACUCUGCAUCAUCUCCGAAGAACCUGUUGCACCAUAUGAGAGGCCAGCGUUGAGCAAAGGUUUUCUACUGCCGGAAGAUCCUGCACGGCUUCCCUCUUUCCACACUUGUGUUGGGGCUAAUGAUGAGAAGCUCACCCCGAAGUGGUACAAGGAACAUGGAAUUGAAUUAGUCCUUGGAACUCGUGUCAAGUCCGUUGAUGUGAGGAGGAAGACUCUUUUGUCGAGCACUGGGGAGACUAUAAGUUACAAAUUUCUGAUCAUUGCAACAGGUGCCAGGGCGUUGAAGCUCGAAGAAUUUGGGGUGGAAGGCUCAGAUGCUGAAAACGUUUGUUACUUAAGAGAUCUGAGUGACGCAAACAGGCUUGCCACAGCGAUCGAAUCAAGCGCCAAUGGGAAUGCUGUUGUUAUCGGUGGUGGCUAUAUCGGCAUGGAGUGUGCUGCAUCUUUAGUGAUCAACAAAAUCAAUGUGACCAUGGUUUUUCCAGAGGCUCAUUGCAUGGCGCGUCUCUUUACCCCCAAGAUAGCAAGUUUGUAUGAAGAUUACUACAGUGCUAAAGGAGUGGAGUUCAUCAAAGGAACGGUUUUGACAUCAUUUGAGUUUGACUCGAACAAAAAGGUGACAGCGGUUAAUCUCAAAAACGGGAACCAUUUACCAGCAGAUUUGGUGGUGGUUGGAAUCGGAAUACGACCAAACACAAGCUUGUUUGAAGGACAGCUAACAAUAGAGAAAGGAGGAAUAAAAGUGAACAGCAAAAUGCAGUCAAGUGACAGCUCGGUGUACGCAAUAGGCGACGUAGCUACGUUCCCAGUGAAACUAUUUGGAGAAAUGAGAAGGCUUGAGCAUGUGGACUCGGCUAGGAAAUCCGCACGGCACGCAGUUUCAGCCAUCAUGGAGCCAGAAAAGACUGGAGAGUUUGACUACCUGCCGUUUUUCUACUCAAGGGUCUUUGCCUUCUCGUGGCAGUUCUACGGAGACCCUGUAGGUGAAGUUGUGCACUUUGGGGAGUUUGAAGAGGGUAAAACCUUUGGAGCGUAUUGGAUUAAAAAGGGUCACCUUGUUGGGUCGUUUCUCGAAGGAGGGACUAAAGAAGAAUACGAUACCAUCUCAAAGGCCACACAGUUGAAACCGGCAGUGACUGAUCUGGAAGAACUGGGAAGAGUAGGACUCGGGUUUGCUGAGACAGUGGUGAGUCAGCAUAUAGUUCCAGAAGUCAAGGAGGUUCCGAGCUCUGCGCUGGUGAGGCAGGCUUCAAGAGUGGUGAUGAUGGAGAAGCCUUUGCAUGUAUGGCACGCGGCGACUGGAGUCCUUGUUGCUGCAUCUGUGGCUGCGUUUGCGUUUUGGUAUGGGAGGAGACGCCGUAGGUGGUGAAAACCGCUUUCAAAGCCUCUUUGCAGAGGAUUUGGAUUCAUUGGAAAUGGGAUUUGCUGUUGUUUGUAGCAUUGGUGGGAAUAUAUAAUAGGAGAAAGGGAGAGAAAUCGAAACUACUCAAUGUGAUUACAUUGGUAUACGAUUAUUAUAUGCUUCUUUCGAAUUAAAAGAAUGUUUCCACUUCCAA